AUAUUACAAAAAGAAAGAAAAUGGGAAAGUUUCGUUCAAAACUAAAGCGUCAUACCAAGGGAAAGAAUUGGAGUAAAGGUCACUCGUCCACUUCGAAUCCUGAACAAAUGAAACAUCGCCUCAAAGCCAAGUCGAGAUUUUUUCAACCAAAUUUGAGUUUGGUUCCCAAGGAAGAAACCAAGAACCCCAACUCGCUGACUCUGGAAGCUGUGUUAAAACAUGAACAACGUUUGGCCUAUAAUGCCGACACCACAACGGUCAAUGAUGUUGCUGGUAGUUUGAAAUCGUUUAGCAUAACAGACGAAGAUGAUGAACUAAUGUCCGAGUCCCAAGGUGGUGGUACCUUUAAAACCUUUAAAACAUUCGCCUCCAACUACAGUACCUGUAGUAAUAUGAGUUUCAAGAAACUGCUGGUGGGUUUCAGGGCAUCUUCAGAUUUACACAAAGAAAUGUUGGCAAUUUUAACAGCCCUCACCGAGAUCAUUAAAGAACGUGGUGGUAAUGAAUCGUCCACAGAGUAUUUCCUCUUGUUGAUGGAACAGAUCGAAGCCAGUACAGAGGAUAAGGAUAUUAUUGCUGGUAUAUCAUUGCUGGGUAUGGGUAUUAAAUCAGUACCAGCCCCUGUGUUGAGGAAACGUUUCAGUGAAACUGCUCAGACCCUAAUGUCAUGUAUGCAGCGUUUCAUUGAUUCGCCCAAUCAGAAUAUUAUGAAAUAUAUAAUUGGUUGUUUGUCGGUAUUGCUGAGAGCCCAGGAUUAUAUGACCUGGACAUAUUCCUCGACCUGGCAGUAUAUUGAUACACUUCUUUCGUUUUGCAUACAUUCUAAGCCAAAGAUACGCAAAUCAGCUCAACAUGCAAUUGUCUCCAUAAUACAUGGUAGUUCAUUUAUGUUGCCGCCCAAACCUAAAGAUGAGGAGGAUGGUGAUGGUGAUAGCCCCCAGCCAGAUGCAAAUCAACAACAAAUCAAGGCACAUCCAGCCAGCAAUCGUGUUACAAAAUUCUGCUUGAAUCAAUUCAAACCCGAAGUUUUGGCCCAACAACAAACUACCGUGCUGCAUACCUUGGCAUUACUAAAGGAAACCAUUAGUGGUUUCAAAACCGAUGAUAUCCGUAGUGUUUGUGAGCAUUUGCUUUCGAUUAUGACUGCAGCCAAUAUUUUGGUACGCACAAAUUGCCUACAAACCUUGCAUGCUCUGUUCCUUUCACGCACCUCAAAUUUGAACGGAGUAUUGUGUGCUAAAUUACUAUCAGCCAUACAUGAAUAUCGUCCGGAUCGUUCAGAUUUUAGGCAAACUCUUGCCUGGAUUACCGUGUUGAAAGAAGGUCAUGUCCAUUUGGUCCAAUUGGAUUUGAAUUUGUGCAUAAAUGCCUUGCCACGUCUCAUGGAGAUUUUGAGUGGAGAUCUGUGGCUUUCGGACAGAAGUGAAAUUAUUAAUGGUGUAUCGAAUGCCAUUAAGGAAUUGUUGUAUGAAUGUGUCAAACCAGCCUGUGAGACUGAAGAAUUGUCUAAUAUCUACCGGGUGGCUAUAACAAAAAUAUUAGCUUCCAUCCACAAGGUGUUGAGUGCACCAUUUGGCGAAGUGGCCAAAUAUGUGGUGUUGACAUUUUCAAUCAUCUUUGAAGUUUGUGGUAAAUAUUUCACCAGAGAAUUGGCCCCUUCACUGGUGGAACUGGCCAAACGUUAUGAUACCCAAAGUGCAUUGAGAAUACAAAUUGAGCAUAGCAUUAUUGCGGCCAUUAAAAGUAUGGGUCCGGAAGUGGUAUUGAAAUCCAUACCCCUAACCAAUGCCAAGGGUGAUGUGGUUUUGGAAAAAUCUUGGCUUUUGCCAUUGUUAAGAGAGGGCGCCACUGGGGCAACAUUUAAAUUUUUCAAGGAAGUCAUUUUGGCUUUGGCCUUAGAUUGCAAUGUCAAAUGGCAUAAAUUUGCCGAAGAAAAGGAUGUACCAAUGGCCCAUACUUACGAGUUGCUGUGCUGUCAAUUAUGGGGUCUGUUUCCAGGUUUUUGUAGAGUACCUCGUGAUCCAGAAAACUUUAGAUUAAUUGCACCGACUUUGGGUAAUGCUCUUGAUAACAAUCCAGAGUUUAGAGCACCCAUAUUUGAUGGUCUCAUUGAGUUAAUACAAAAUGAGGAACAAACUGUGGUCCAUGAAUUGUUGGGGAAAUAUGCCAAGAACUUUUUACCGCGCCUUUUCAAUAUCUAUACACAAAAACCCAAUGGUACCUAUGAACAGGAUUUGAGGAAGAAGUCCUUGGAAGUUAUUAAGUUGUAUUUAACAAAAACCCCCGGUGAUAUGCUCAAAGAACUCUAUGAUACAGCCUAUAAACAGCUACAGGCCACCGCCGUUGGCACAUUUGAAUAUGAUUCUAUAUUUGAUAUUACCGCAGCCCUGGUACUCUUCCAAACAUGUGAAGUUAUUCGUGAAUUCUUCGAGAGCUACAUUGUGCCGGUACUAAUGAAAAAUGAGAAAUCAAAAUUGGUCACCAAGGAUGAGCAGAAAUUGAAGAAACAACAGCGCAAGACUUAUGAAUUAUUGCGUGACAUUUUAACCUCAGAGGCGGCAUCGUGCCAAAAAUUCACAAGGAAAAAUCUAGUGGCUCUGCAAAAGGUACUUGUGGAGGCCUUCACCACCAGCUGUGCUGUGUGUCAAGCUGCACGUUUGAGAUGCCUAAAAAUCCUCAUCGAAACCCGCAAAGGCCUUACCUAUAGGGAUAAAAUCAUCACCAAAACUUUACCAGAAGCUAUACUUAAUUACAAAGAAUUCUCCACACGAAAAGAAAAUGUUUCCGAGGAGAUUUUGAAAUUAAUUUUAAAUCUCUAUCAAGAAGCUGAGAAACUCAACGAUUUUGUUGAUAUAUUAACGGCAGGUUUUGCUGGAGAUGAAUCUUUAAUUACCAAUACCAUAUUAGCCUUCCGCACAGUAUUGGCCACACAUGGAAAACACUUGACAGUUAGUACAUUGGAAUUCAUAAUGGAACAAAUUGCUGUAUUUCUGGUACAAAAGUCAAGAUCUCAGGCUGAGGCAUCUGUGGCUUUCCUCAUCACAUUUAUUAAGGUUAUGCCAACACCGCUGGUAGCCAAUCAUUUGGAGACAAUUAUGAAAUCCCUAUCCGCCAUGGUCAAAGAUACCAAACGCUAUUGUCGCAUACAAAUUGGUUAUUUGUUGAAGAAGUUGUGCAAACGUUUCACCGCCGAAGAUUUGAUUAAAUUUGUACCCGGUGAUGAUGAAGUGACACACCGUCGCCUCCGAAAGAUACGCAAACAAUUGAGACGUGAUAAUCGCAAGAAACAGUCUGAAGAGGCUGGAAAAGACAGUGAUGAUGAGGCAUCAGAGGAAGAGUUUGUCAGCGGCUUGGAAAAGAAGAGUGUUACUAUUGAUGACAUUUUGGCCGACUCCGAUUCAGAUUUACCCGAAGAUAUGGAUGAAGAUGACACACCUGCCCGUGAUAAAUCGAAAUCGAAAAAAGAUCGUGAUACCUUUAUACGUGAAGAUCCUGAGGAUAUUGUCGAUUUGGCUGAUAUCAAAUCAAUUGGAAAUGUUUUGACCAACCGCCCACAAGCUGCUACAGACAAGUCUGGCAAAACAACAAAAUCCAAAGAUCCCAAUCGUGGUUUUAAGGUGGCUGAAGAUGGCCGUCUGAUAAUUGAUGAUAAAGCGCUGCGUGGUGGAGGUGGUGGUGAUAGUGAUUCAGAUGACAGUGAUGAUGACGAUGUUGAUGAUGAAAUGGAUGGCUCGAAGGCUGUUAAACGUGGCAUGGAAGACGAUUCCAGUGAUGAAGAAGAAUUGGCCUCCGCACCCAAUCGCAAACGCAAGGCUGGUGAUUCGAUGAGUAUGCGUUCGGGUAAAACAUCUGCCUCACGCUACACAGCCGGCGGCAAGGGUAUACACAGACCUUUGGGUGGUGCCAGCAGUGAUGCGGUGUCCAUGAAAUCGGGUUACUCCGCCAAAUCGGGCAAAUCCGCCAAAUCACAACAUACUGGAAGUGAAUACACACACAAGAAAGCUAAGGGUGAUAUGAAAAAGAAGGGCAAAUUGGAUCCAUAUGCUUAUAUACCACUAAGCAGGAAUACCUUGAAUAAGAGGAAACGAGCCAAACAUGCUGGAACAUUUAAAAAUAUUGUAAAUGCAGCCCGCAAGGGAGCUCUCAAGGGUGUCAAAAGCAAAGUGGCCAAAACCUAUAAGAAAUAGAGGGGAUGCUUUUGUUUUGCAGUGAUAAAAAAAAAAACCACAACACAGUUUGUAUAUUUAUUUUGCAAUGAAGUCCAAAACAAAAUCGAUAUAGAUUUAUUUUAUAAAACUAUAUGCUAUAGUUGAAUUAUGUUAAACAAUUUUUAUUUUAUUUCUAAUUUCAAGUUAUUUGAAUAAACGGAAAAAUCAAGAUACAUAUAACACAAGA